AAAGGCGCUAAAAAUAAUCGGUAAGAAGAAACAGCAAAUACAAUAGGGACACCUCCAUCAGUCGCUGGCUCGGUCCCUAAAUAUUCAUAAAAUAUGUCACAUAGUCAGGGGUUGUCAGUUAAUGAUAGAAAGGGGCUCCCUUAAGGAAAAAGGUUGGGAACCACUGUUAUGAAUUAUAUUUUUGCAGUUUAAAAGCAGCGUUAACAUGGACAAAACAUCAUGAACUGUCACUAUAAAUCCUGCACACAGUGUAUAUAGAAAUGUAUAUAAAUGUAAUAAUCAUUCCAUGUAUAUCCAUUCAUAUAUUUUGUUUGCACUAUACUUUGUAUUGUUUGAAGCUUACAGAGAAACUUGACCUAUAUGAAUAUAUAAUAUAAAUAUAAAAAUAUAAAAAUAAUAUUUUAUUUAUGUUGCUGGUCAUUGGUGUUUUUUAUUUAUGUUAAUAUGACUAUGUUUAUUAAUAUGUACACCUAUUUUUUCACAUACUUAUGUACAGACCUAUUCUUUACCUUUAUUUGUUCAGCUUUGUUGUCCUUGUUCUUAGCUGAUGGCAUGUAUAUAACCUCAAAGUACUGCAUGAUAAAAUAGCUAUUUUAGUUUUGUGUGUUUGCAUGUGUUUUGCAAAAACAUGUAUAUAUCAUUUCAAAUGAUUAACCCAAUGUCUGUCUCUCUCAUUCAGUCGUGACUAAACUGCUUACUUUUCAUUUCUGAUCCCAGCUGUAGAUCGACUGUCCAGUUUGACAGUUUCCAGCAGCCUGAACACAGCCAGAUAUGUUCAAGGAACAUCUGAUGAAGUAAUAAAUGCGAUUUCUUGGCAUUCUAACCACACAGUCCAAACAGACCAUGACUUUCAAAUACCCAUCACCAAUAUAGAUGACAUUUUAUCAGAAGGGAGCCUCUGCCGUGGUAAAGAUAUACACAUCAAAUCCCCCUACAAAACAUCAUCUAACGAGUCAGUGUCCUGCUGUUCAAGCCAACAAACUGUAACCAUGUCUGAGAAAGCUAGCAUUCUGGUUCCAAUACAGUCCAGUCCCCUGGACUGUUCCAUCUUGCAAUCUGGAAAUGAAAAAUGUGCUAUCCUCCCUGUGGAGACAACCCAUGUGAACCAAUUAAAGGAAAACAGCUCUUCUGUUUUCAAUGGAUCCAUUCCGCAAAGCCCUAAGACUGGCUCUAAAUGUAUGUACCCCACAGGAGAUGACAGUAAUUCAAGCAGUGACUCCACGACUGAAAGCAGUGUGAUGGUCAAUAAAAUGUCCGGCAGUGGUAGUCUUCAUGAGCCCUCCUCAGAUGAGGGAGAUGUGGAGAUUUGUUCUUGUGUUGCCCAGCAACCUGCUGCUGGUGGACUCUCUGAUUUAAACCAGUCACCAAAUGGGCCUUCACAUUUUCAACAUGCCAGCAGUCAAAAUACAAACCUGGAGCAGACUUUUGAUGUGUUGCAGGUCUUCUCUGAUGUCACACCGACAAAAAAUGAAAACACUGUUGCAACAACCCAAUGCUCACAGCUUUCUCAGUUAUCAGGGGUCUUUUCUACAGAGCAACCAGGCCAUUCUUCGUACAGCACAAUACCUGUGUAUUCUAUAGAGUACCACAUUCAAAGUGUUAUUCCAUCCUUCGACAAAGUUAAAGCAUGUGUGGCAUCCAGUCCUGGACGCCUAAGCAUUUACAGCAGUCCUUCCCCACCAGAUACCCACAGUGUCACUCAGGAUUCCGCUGCAAAUUUGCAUUCAGAUGCUUCACUGACCUCAGAUUUAUCGAAACAUUUGAAUACACAAACACCCCAUUCACCAUCAGUGGAAUCAAAGAUCUCAGGUUCUAGCCUCUGCAAAUCGGAUACAGUGUCAGCAUCAAUUAUAAACAAAGAAAGGGUUUUGGAGUGCAGAACUCAUUCAAAUCCCCAUGCUACCUCCUUGCUUAAGAAGUCCUCUGGACUAAAAGUCUGUGAUUAUUCAGACUGUCCUAAACUUCAAAGCAGGCCAAACACUACUGCUCCCAGACUGAAGGGCCUAAGUAUUAAGAGUAAGAACAAACCACAGGAAAAGCCUCUCCAAACACCUACCAGGAGUGAAAGUCCAGUUCCUUCAAACACCAGUGCUUCCAUGGAACAGUCAACAAAAUCACCACCAACUGCAACCACGUCACGCUUUUUAAAGACCAAUAAUCAACCUGAUAUGAACAAAAGUCUUGCUUUGCCCGAAGUAAGUGACAGAAGGCAAGUUACCAGUGAGCAUGGACCAUCAGAAGACACAUUACAGACUGCACAAUUGUCCCUGGAGAAAGAUAUUCCUUUAGGCAGCAUAACACGCCGAUCACACCGACCUGCCACUCAGAGAACAUUUAUAGAAGUUCAACUGUCUUCUUUAUCUGAUUCAUCAUCACUAGUUAAAGCACAGAAUAAAAAAGUUAAUUCAAAAGACUCUAAACCCACUAAAAGAGGCAAAGAUGCAGGAUUAGCGCCUACUCUUUCUUAUGACUCCACAGUAGAAAAAACUAAUGGCAUGGCCAGUAACACAGUAUUUAGUGUGCUAGGUUCUACUAAAAAAACUCAUUCAGCCAUUAGUAAUGGCUCAAAACCCAGUACUAUUGUAGAGACACUAAAGUCCAGCACAUCCAGACCGCACAUAAAGACAAUGGAAAGGCGAAGCUUCUCCACAGACACUGCCUUGUCUACUAACUACAAUCCCUUCUCUGUCCGGCAUAAGAUUAAGUCAUUUGAAAACCUGGCUAACUUUGACAAGCCUGUGGCUAAAAGCAAUGACAAUCAGUCCUAUGCUCUGGCAUAUAGAGCCUCUCUUAACCAAAGGAUUGCCGGUUAUAUGGGCUUGGUUAAUUCUGUUGACUGCCAGGCACGACAAAAGAGUUUUAGUUCUUAUGUGGAGAAUCUAAUCCCUACCACACCCUGUUCACCUCUUCUUGGUAAAUCUCCAUCUAGCAUAGCACUGAUAAACCUUGAGCUUCCACAUUCAAGUUGUAACAGGACUCCUCUGACUGAGGACACUCCUGUGGCUGAAGUUGAAAAAGCCCCAGAUGUGUUCACACCACAGACCCCUCAGGUGCUGCGGAGGAAACACAGCAAACUUCCCCGCAGCAGGUUACGGCAGUUUAGGGCUCUCAGUAUGCCUGAAUUGGAAAAACUAUGCACAGAGGAUUUUACCACAGGGCAUGGUACAGCCGCAGAUAAAACUGAGCCUGGCAUCCAUCCCACUAUAUAUCCCACGGUCACUGAGAGCUUUUCACCUUCUGCAACCCUGACUAAAGUGGAUGUGAACCAAGGUGAUCUUGGGUCCACUGAAGAGUCUCCUCAAGGAACCCCAGAGACCAAUGAACAACAGGCUGGCUGGUCUAUCAGUUUAAAGGAGCUGGCCACUUCUCCUAUGAGUCGGUGUAAACUGCAAACACUGCUGUCCUCCCUGACCACUAAAUCACAUGUGUUGGCACAGCUUCAGGAGGACAAGGCACUUUCAGAGGUUAACAAUAAUACUCGCCUUGUUGUCCUGAGUAAAGAAGAAGGCUCAGGACUUGGUUUUAGUAUUGCUGGCGGAGUUGACCUUGAGCAGAAGGCAAUAACAGUUCAUCGAGUCUUCACCAAAGGUGCAGCUAGCCUGGAAGGCACAAUCCAGAGAGGUGACAGCAUUUUAUCCAUAAAUGGCUUAAGUCUGGAGGGUAAAACCCAUGGAGAGGCUGUGUCUUGCCUUCACCAAGCCAGGCUGUCUAAUCAGGCCUUAGUUGUCAUUUGGAGAGACAAGGACAGUGAACUGAGUGUCUCUGAAAGACAUGACCCAGCUACUCAGCCAGAGAGGAUGUGUUUUGCCAGGAAAAAGUCUUUGAAGGCGGCAUCAGUGGUGGAUGUGUAUCCAGAUGGUGCUUUAACAGUGGAGCUUCACAAGUCCUCGGCUGGCCUAGGCUUCAGUCUGGAGGGAGGAAAGUCCUCGAGCCACGGAGACAGGCCUCUCAUUGUCAAACGCAUCUUUAAAG